AUGGCGAUGGGAAAAUUAACGAUAUUUCUACUUCAGUUGUCGUGGACUGUCCAUCUUGUAACAGGCAUUCAGAGGAAAGAUAUAUUUCCUUAUGGGACACUGAGCGGCGAUUUCACUCUACAGGAGGGGGACGACGAGACGUCCAAAGUACUCGCAUUGAAGAGACCUCUCUAUUUCUAUGAGGCGCAGUUCAAUGAGCUAUACGUGAGUAUGAACUAUGACUUAUAUUUGCCUUGUGCGCUAAGUAUUCGGGGUAUAUUUGUGGUUCUUGGUCAUUGCACAUAUAUGAGAAUGAUAACUAAUAUGUCAAGAGACAUUUUCUAGUACGGUCACUGAAGAAAUAACACGUUUAGUAAUCUUUUAAAAACUUGUCAAACUGUGUUCUGUCGAGGUACAUUGCACGUGAACAUGGAGUUUAACUAGGCAAAUUCAGGGUAAUGAAAUUAUGAAAUGAAUAACAUAUCUCAUUCCUCGUAGCAUAGCCUACUGUUUCUUGUCAAUGGAUCGAUUUUGGACAUGAUGGAAUUAAAUAGGAAAAUAUGCCGAUGCAUAGGGAAAAUUGAAUAAGAUUAUUAUUCAUUCAAUUAAGUAUUUUGGUUCUAUGUUCCAAUCAUGAAACACUUGCUUUCUUUGCAUCUGUUACAUGAGUUCAUUAAAGGAAAGAUUCACGUAUUUGAAUGUUAUAUCGUAUUUGUGCAUCUCUGAGCGAUGUUCUAUCGAUUCCCAUGGUAAUUUUUAUGUUAUAUGAGUAUCUAGGCUAUUCGUUUAAGCAGGCAGAAAUACAGCCGGUAUGACACGUUUUGCAUAAUGCGUCAUACUGGCUGUAUUUCUGCCUGCUUGAACGGCGAAUAGCUCAGAUACACAUACAAACUGAAAUGAUCCCAGGAAUCGAUUAAACAUUGCUCAGAGAUGCACAAAUACGAUAUAACAUUAAAAAUGGGAUGAAUCUUUCCUUUAAGUCACUCUUAGGAAUCUGUGACCAUUGAGUCGCUACCCCGCAGGUUGUCAGAGUUGAACUCCCUUGGGCAAAUCACCCAUGUACUCAUAUCAAUAGAUCACUUGUUAGAAUCCAUUGGGGGUUCCAGCGAAAGAGUUUUAAAACGGACAUUUUAAAUUAAAAGUAGUACAACAAAGUUAAUAUUUUGUGCUGAUUGUCAGAAGAAACACGUUUUCAACUAAAUAAAUUCCCUGAGGAAAUGUAUUUUACACAUUGGAAUUUUCUCAGGGCAUCAGAGCAUGGAAAUACCAAGGCACAAUUCGCCAGACAACUCGACGCAAAUAUACACAACCAGUCAAAAGUUUGGACACACCUACUCAUUCAAGGGUUUUUCUUUAUUUUUUACUAUUUUUUACAUUGUAGAAUAAUAGUGAAGACAUCAAAACUAUGAAAUAACACAUAUGGAAUCAUGUAGUAAACAAAAAAGUGUUAAACAAAUCAAAAUAUAUUUUAUAUUUGAGAUUCUUCAAAUAGCCACCCUUUGCCUUGAUGACACCCACCAGUUGAGAAUCGCUGAGUUAAAGUGCAUGUUUUUGACUCACAAGGUAAAAAGUGCAUGUUUUUGACACCAAGGUAAAAAAAAGUCCUUUAUAGGAUCUGGUACACUUCUUGAGAGGUCUUCCCUUUGGCCUUUGGAGCAAAACAUUUUCAAUUACAAAUUGCCCCUUAUCCCUAACUCCAACCCCAUAAGGCAUCCUCUAGCUCUGAAAGGAUUGGAUAAGCUAUCUGUAAUUACUUCAGCUCAACUUAUGAUAGGUUGGGUGACAUUUUUUGCUGUAUUGUAUCCAAUCAUUAAACUGUUUCAGAUCUACAGGAGUGCCUAAGGGCCAGGGCUCACUUGAUAAAAACAGAUGUCAAUCUCAAUUUGACCUCCCUGGUUAAAUUGUGGCCCCGUGUAUCUCAGUUGGUAGAGCAUGGCGUUUGCGACGCCAGGGUUGUGGGUUCGAUUCCCAUGGGGGGCCAGUAUGAAAAAUGUAUGCGCUCACUAACUUUAAGUCGCUCUGGAUAAGAGCAUCUGCUAAAUGACUAAAAUGUAAAAACAAAAAUGGUUAAAUAAGGGGUCGAUUUGCAAUUCAGCACUAAAUCCUAUUUCCCUCACUGCAUUCUUUCCCCAUUCCUUCUUCUCCAGGUGGCAACCAAUGGUAUCAUCUCAGCCCAGGACCUGCCUAUGGAGAAGCAGUACGUGGACGACGGCUUCCCCACCGACUUCCCUGUCAUCGCCCCCUUCCUGGCAGACAUCGACACCAGCAAGGGGAAGGGCGCCAUCUACUACCGGGUCACAGAGUCGCCCACCCUUCUCAACCGGGUGGCGCAGGAGGUGCACCGGGGCUUCCCCGACGGCCGCUUCACACCCACGCACGCCAUCAUCGCCACCUGGGAGAACGUGGCCGCCUACGAGGAGGUGACGCGCGCCACUGGGCCAUCCGAUAGGGUGAGUCUGGCUGUCUGUUUGUCUAUCAUUUUCUUGGUCUGUCUUUCUAUCGGUCCGUUUGUCUGUCUGUCUGUCUCUCUGUAGCUGUGUCUGCAGCCUGUAGGGAGUUACUAAGUAUAUAUGACUCCCCCCUCCCUCCCCCUAGGGAUUUGGGUUCCCCUCCCUCCCUCAUCCCUAAACUGCCUCUUGACCUUUGGUCACUGGCCAGAGGUCAUCAAUCCGGGUCAUCAGCCGUCCACUUCAACUCGUCCCCCCUCCAUCCCGCCACCCUCUGUCCCCCUCCUACCCCCAAGGGCGACUGGGCAUGUCUCUCCCACCCACACAGUCUAUUAGGGAUCAAGUCAUCAUAUUAUGUGUUACCCAUAGAAAUAUAACUACUAGAAUGGAUAUUCCCAUUCAAGUCAAUGUUCAAGUAAUUCUAUUUCUAUGGUCAUCUUCAUGUAUUACUCACAGAAAACAUGUUAUGUGAAAGUCUCUCAAACCCUCCAUUAGGCAUGUAACUUAUCAUUAAGAGUGCAUAUUUCUGGCUAGCUACUAAAGAGGUAUUGCAGAGAUUAUGAGGACAAAAACGUAGAAAGCAGCUUGGUUCAAUCAGAUAACAUCUCCUCUACUCUGACUGUGCCAAGAUCCUAGAAUCAGAUCAGAUCAGGAGUCUUAUUCUCUAGAGAGCCUCUGUGGAGUGUUCCCUUUCACUAUAAAAACACUUGAUAUAAGUCUAUGGGGAGAAACCAGAGAAACCAUACCCUUGCCCCAUGCUCAAUGGAGAGGCUUGUGCUUUCUAAUAUGGGAGCAGUGUGAGACUGCCGCUGCUAGUGCUAUCAGUCAUCAUCAUAAUGCUUGGGCUUUACUUCUUAAGGUAAUGGAUUAAACGUAAUGGAUUCAAUCACACAGACUGGCUAUUGUGCAUUGUACAUCACACUGAUAGCUCUUAGGGUUGCUUGUUCUAGAAUCUAUAAGGUCCUGGAUAGACUUAUUCACAGAAUACAAACCUAGAUUUCACCUAUCCCAUUUAUAAUUGACCCUUCGCUAAUUCCCGCCCUGGGAUUUUGGGCAACCAAUCGCAGUGCUCCAAUGGAUAGCAACUGUCGUCGAGUCCAACACCUCAGAAAAGCUUACAAGCUCACGUUUAAAUUGCAUGAAAGACAAUGACAAAACGGAGACUUCUUUAAAAAAUACAUUGUUUAACCUCUUAAGGAUCAGACCCUUUUUUCAAUUUUUGCCUAAAAUGACAUACCCAAAUCCUGUAGCUCAGGACCUGAAGCAAGGGCAUGCAUAUUCUUGAUACCAUUUGAAAGGAAACACCUUGAGGUCUGUGGAAAUGUGAAAUUAAUGUAGGAGAACAUAACACAUUAGAUCUGGUAAAAGAUAAUACAAACAAAAAAACAUGCAUUUUCUAUUAUUUGUUUGGUUCCAUCAUCUUAGAAAUUCAAGAGAAAGGCCCCAAUAUAAUAUUGCAGUUUAGGCGCAAUUUAGAAUUUGGCCCUAGAUGGAAGCAGUGUGUGUGCAAAGUUUCAGAUUGAUCCAGUGAAGCAUUGCAAUACUGAAAUGUGCCGAAUUUGUCAAUUGAUACAUUUUCAAGUACAUAACUAUAGAGAACAUACAAAAAUGAUAUGGUAAUACAAAAUGCAAGUUUACACACUCCCAGGAAUGUCAUACAUGAUGGAUCAUUAGCUUAUACACUCACUUUCACAGAUCUAGAUGGGUGUGGAGCCAGAGACAGCAGGGGUUCAAACUGUAGAACCCAGUUCCUACAUUUGAAUAUAAAAAUGGAUUUUAUCAAACUAUGCUACAUUUUAUCUCUGGGACCCUUAGGAUGAAAUCAGAGCAAGAUUACUGAAUGUAAGUACAUUAUUUACCUUCAAAGGUGAAUGUAUCAACCCAGUUGACGUGAUACGUUUUUUGUUGUUGCGCACUCUCCUCAAACAAUAGUAUGGUAUUUUUUCCCACUGUAAUAGCUACUGUAAAUUGGACAGUGCAGUUAGAUUAACAAUAAUUUAAGAUUUCUGCCCAUAUAAGACAUGUCUAUGUCCUGGAAAGUUUGCUGUUACUUACAACAGUCAUGCUAAUCACAUUAGCGCACGUUAUCUCAACCGUCCCGUAUACGUGACAUCGAUCCUGUAGAGGUUAAAUUACUAAAUAAUUGAACAAUGCAUCAGUAGUACUUGCUACUGUGUGUUGGAGUAUUUUUCAAAUCUGAAAUUAUACUUUUGUUACAUUGUUUGUUAGCUCAGCUGGUUAGCUAGCUUUCAGUCUCAUUGACCACCAAACAUUGCUUACGCUUGCUAGCCACUUAAUAUAACUUGUUUUCUCAAAAUGUAUAUUAGCUAGCAAAGUUAGCAGUUUUGAAUACAAUUCCCAUCUGCUGUCGACGUCAGGAUACGAUUUGAGAGCACUAGUUAGCUCCAAAAGUGGUUAUAGCUUUGACUGCAUGCUAACAGUAAAUUCAGAGCCAUUCAGCGGCUAGCCACACUACAAACAUAAUUUUACCAGGUUCCCGUGAACCAAUUGUAAUAACAGUCCACCACAACAUACCCAAGAGUUUCAUGAUUAGCAAGGGGUAGUCUGUGUUUAAUUUAAUUGUGUAUUAAAAACACAGUUUGAGAUCAUUGUGAGGGGAUUUUUCCAGUGGUUAGAAUGGGUAAAUAUUGUCUGAGGUUGCAAUAGUAACUAAGGGGGGUGGGGCUUAGCGAAGGGUCAAUUGGAUUAACUAACAUGUUCGCUAAGCACGAGAGCAAUGUUUGUGAAAGUGUGGUCCUAGACACAGUACACAAAUAAUGCAAUACCUUUCAUGAAAAAUACCAAGAUUCUCCCUUCAGCUGCUAAUUCAUUAACUCUUGGAAUCGGGAGAUUCGGGGUAUUAAGAGUGUCUGGUUGUUCGCUAUGAGGGGGGUCCCUCAGGUUGAAAUGGAUUGACUUCAGAGUUCUGUGUGUGUGCGUACAUGCGUGCAUGCACGUGUGUGAUGAGGAAAGUCCCACUGACUUGAACUGAACAGCCAUAAUAUUCAGUGUCGCCUAGUGAUUCUAAUGCGUGUGAAUGAAUAGGCUUUUCUGUUGGACCAGGGCCCACGCCUUCUCUCUCAGUGAGAGAGAGCAGACAGCUGUGACGGCACACUGGAAAUAUUGUAUUUUGUUAUUUAUUAGUUCUGGGAACGCCUCUGCUCUUGCCCUUAACAAGGGUCCUCCUUGGAAACACCUCCCCUCUUGUUGAAGUCUCUAAGUGCAAGGGAACAUGAGUAAACCAAACAAUCUGAAUCAAAACCAUACAGCUUGUUGAUUAGAGGCCUUACUGUUCUGUUUCUCUCUUAUGCUUGGAUCAUGUUCGGGGGGUUUUGGUGCCAAAACCACAUUUUGUCACCCUAAAGCACAAUCUGUCCCCACAUUUUAUUACAUUGGUGUAAGAGAACAUGAAAGCAGGCUGUAAAAUUAGCAGACCUGUCUGGCAACCCUGCUAAUGUGUGUUUGUGUGUUCUUGUCUGUCUGUCCGCGUGUGUGUCUGUCGAAUCAAAUCAAAUUCUAUGUGUCACAUAAUAAUAAUAUGCCAUUUAGCAGACGCUUUCAUCCAAAGCGACUUACAGUCAUGUGCGCAUACAUUUUUACAUAUGGGUGGUCCCGGGGAUCGAACCCACUACCCUGGCGUUACAAGCGCCAUGCUCUACCAAUUGAGCUACAGAGGACCACAUGCGCAGAAUACAACAGUUGUAGACCUUAGAGUGAAAUGCUUACUUACAACCCCUUAACCAACAAUGCAGUUUUAAGAAAAAUAAGUGUUAAGUGAAAAAGAGAUAAGUAAAUAGUAAAAAAUAAGCAAAAUAACAAAUAAUUCAAGAGCAGCAGUAAAAUAACAGUAGCGAGUCUAUAUAUUUACAUUUACAUUUUAGUCAUUUAGCAGACGCUCUUAUCCAGAGUGACUUACAGUUAGUGAGUGCAUACGUUUUCAUACCGCCCCCCCCGUGGGAAACAAACCCACAACCCUGGCGUUGCAAGCACCAUGCUCUACCAACUGAGCUACACGGGGCCACCGGUACAGGGGGUACCGGUACAGAGUCAAUAUGCGGGCCACAGGUUAGUCUGUGUGUCCUUCUGUGUGUGUGUGUGUGAGUUCCCAUAUCGUUGGCAGUGCCUAAUGGACUGGUUGGCAGCCUACUCAUCUGCAGCUGCGGACCCUGCGGACGCUGCCUCAAAACCUGGCAACAAACAAACAACGGCAUCUGUCUCGUGGCAUUUUUGCCAUUCCACUCUUCCUCUCUCACACACACACAUUUCAAGAGGGUCUGGGAGACGUCUGGUGUGUGUCUGUCUGUGUGCUCCGAUCCCAGACUGGCCCCUAGUCAUCACUGACUCACCCAACAGAUCUUUGUGGUAGUCUCCAGUUCAAGUGUUGCUGUGACAUGACCAAGAAUACACUCCUUGAACAUCUUUGAUAGACAGUAUUAAUGAAGUGUGUGCGCGUGCAUGUUUUCUGUGCGUAUGUGUGUGUAGGAGUUGGACUCUAUAGUAAAAGCACACUCUCUUCCUCUGGCUUUUGGUUAUCUACUAUGUUUCCGCUUGACCGACCGCACCAUGGAGGGGAAGAAGAGAGUGUGACAGCCGGUGUGUUUCACUCCGGUCGGAGGAGGGGAAGCGACAUUUCAAGGGCAAAGGAAAAACCUCUGGAUGAUCCCUCUGUGUUUUCCUUUGGGAUUGGAACGGCUUUAUCUCUUGGAACAACACAGCUCUCCAGCCUACCACCCCUCCAGCUCAACCAAGCCUCUGCAACCACCCCCAGCCCCAGAUGUCCAUCUCCCCACCUCCCUACCUCCCCAGCUGGUGUUGGGGGGUGGGUGUGUGGUGGGUGGAGGAUGUUGGAGGUCUGUUGAAGUGUUAGCCCUUGAGCAAAUAUGCAGUGGUGGAAGUCUGCUCUAAAGUAUUUGGAGCAAAUCUCAACAAUGAGAGGGUCUGGGUGCCAUCAUCUGCCAUCAUCUCAUCAGGCUCGGCACGGUGACCUGUGGUACCAUCCGUCUCCAUUCCCAGUCCCCUACCUCCACGUCAAACCCAACACCCCCUUCCCCCAAAUGUAUGCCCGCCUCCCCAUCCCCAUCAAAUCAAAUCAAAAUGUAUUUGUCACAUACACGUGUUUAGCAGAUGUUUUUGCGGGUGUAGCGAAAUGCUUGUGCUUCUAGCUCCAACAGUGCAGUGAUAUCUAACAAGUAAUAUCUAACAAUUUCACAGCAUAUCCCCAAUACACACGUGGGAAGAGUCAUUUACAAUACAUCUUUAAACAAUCUUGUUUAUGGGCUUGUUUUCUGGAGCUGCUCCGAGGCAGUGUGGUCUUGUAAUUAGGGAACUUUUCUGUGGCUGUGGGGGAGGGGUGGGGUGGGGGGUGGGGGGGGUGUAAUUAGUAAGCCUAAGGGUCUCUCUUCUCUCUUGUCUGUCUCUUGUCUUUCUGUCUCUCGCUAUUCUCGCUCUUUCUCUUCUUUCUCUGUCUUUUUCUCUCUCUCCUGUCUCUCUUGCUAUUCCCUCUCUCUCUUUGAACCAGAUGCAUGAUUGUCUCUGGGGUCUGGAAUGGGGGAAUGAGGGUGGAGGAGGGGUUUGUUUUUACUGUGACAGUGGUGAUGAAGGUGAUAGCUCCGCUCUGGGAUAGCUCCUUGGAUUACUGGAGUGGGGGGAGGAGAGGAGUGAGGGAUUUCAUACAGGUCCAGGGUGAAGGAGAGAUAAGAGAGGUUGGGGGGGGGGGGUUGGGUGUCUCUGUCCUCAAAGUUGAAAAUACCAUGCUGGGUGAGAUAUGGGCCUCUAUCACCAUUUGCUCUCAUUCCCAAACUACAUCAGUCUAGGCCUGUAAACUGUGUGUGUAAACUGUGUGUGGCCAUCGAGAAGUCGUCUUCUCCUCUUUGACGGUUGAAGACGUAACCCCCACUCAGCCGCUCUCUUGAAGUUUUUGUGUUCCCACACUUCCCACACAUUUAAUUAAACGGCUCAGAAAACCACACUGCUUGUAAUAAUAACAAAUUGCACAAGACAAGACAUCAAGAGCGGGUCCCCUCCCAAGCCCUCUACACAUUUAAUUAUGGUAUUUUAAGCCUUUUAGUGGUGUGCAGGACCUCUUUAAAAGGGUGUGAAAACCUGCUUGGAGGGGGAAGAGGUCAGCUUCAAAAAAAAAAACUCCAUAAAGGGUAUCGGGCGAAAUGUUUCCGGGGGGUGGGGGGGCACAUUUGGUGAGAAACCCUGGCUUGUAAAAACGGUGACGCGCCUGUAAAAGUUGGAGGACAGGAAUGAUAUUCAGUCAACAUUUUGGAGUAGGGGGGUAGGGGGAGAGUGGUGUGAAGUUUAAACAUGGGGAGUCAGUGUUAAAAUGUUAGGAGGAUGACUGUCUGUUCCCUGGGCACUGAUAAGGCAGAGGAUGAGAAAUGGAAUGCAGUGCACUGUACUAUACAUUACUUGGAAAGAGCUGUUACAGAGUUUGAUUGAAGCUCUGUUCACUUUCAGUUGGCUCUCCUUUAAGAAGUGUGGCUUUUUGAUUCUCGACUCUAAACAUUGUGAGGGCAGUGGCACCACUACUUUUGAAAAGUUGUUUGUGUAUUGAGGAGUUUGAGUUUUGCACUUCUGUUAUAGCACUGAUAAUGCUACCACUGUGCUUACCACAGUGUUUUUCUUAUACUGUUAAAUCCUUACUUGAGACUUAUACACAAAAUGUCAACCUUUGAGUGAAUCAUACAUUGAUGUCAAUGGGAGUCCAAAAUACACAUUUUUAUUCUGUUACAGUGUUUUCCCUAUAAGCGCCGGCCGUCGGCUAAACAGCCGGUAACAGCCUCAUUUUCAGCCAGCAACUUUUUCUACGAGAAUGCCCUUGUCUGUCUGUGUGUCUACCACUAUGCUAACGGAAACUGUCUUCUUGUACAUAGAAGGUCUUUCCCAAAAACCUCAAGUAAAUGUUAACUACAAAGUCGCCUAUGCUUACCUGGCAGAAUGAUAUCAUGAUUAUUUGCAUCAAUCCAGUGGGUGUUUGUUUUGCAACCUCUACCAUGUGCGCUACAGAAACAUGGCUAAAGAACAGCCUCUUGGUAGGUGCAGACUUGAAUUAAAGGGUAACUACACAAAGAAAAUAACAAAAAUCAUAUUUUUCCCAGACCUCAAUUUGGUUGCUUUGCUAUUAAAAAUGCGUGGUUUUGAGAGUGAAAACGUGGAAAAACAGGGAACAUUUCUAAACCUGAAAAAACUAAAGCAGAAUUAGGCAAAAAAUUAAACAGAUUUUAUAGGGCUCUACGAAUCGCAUCGGUAAGAGAGUCAUUUGGCUCUCUAAUUUAUAUAUUGGUAGGCUACUACUGCUUUUUGGCGAUUAUCUGCAAAUAAAUGAUGAAAACAUUCGAUGAAGAUGGUGAAUCCUCCCUGCAGUAACAAUAGGUAGUGGAGAGAGAGCCUCAUUCUGGUCCAAAAUACGAUAAAAGAAAGAUUGAAUUCUUAUAAAAGCCCAUGAUACUUAUAUGGUAUUUUUUAAAGAUAUUAAUAUAGACCUACUAAUUUGAUGAAAGUGUAGAAAAUGGAGUAGUCAACUGCUGCUUUCGGUGUAGCAGAAACACCUGCUUCAUCAUACAUGUUGCAGGUAGCUGAAAAAAAUGCCGAAUAAAAGAAAGCUAAAAGAAAGCAUUAAUAUCAUGUGGAAACACUGCCAAGGAAACUAAACGAAACGAAAGCAUGGGUUGCUGUCAUACCUUGUCAAUAGACUGCUUACAGGGUAAGGAAACCAAUGUGUCAUUUUGUAAUUUGGGUGAACUAUCCCUUUAAUAAUAAUAAUAAUAAUAAAAAUAACUCCUGAGUGGCGCAGUGGUCUAAGGCACUGCAUCGCAGUGCUAACUGUGCCACUAGAGAUCCUGGUUCGAAUCCAGGCUCUGUCGCAGCCGGCCGCGACCGGGAGACUCAUGGGCGGCGCACAAUUGGCCCAGCGUCGUCCAGGGUAGGGGAGGGAAUGGCCGGCAGGGAUGUAGCUCAGUUGAUAGAGCAUGGCUUUUGCAACGCCAGGGUUGUGGGUUCGAUUCCCACGGGGGGCCAGUAUAAAAAAAAAAGAUGUAUUCACUAACUGUAAGUCGCUCUGGAUAAGAGCGUCUGCUAAAUGACUCAAAUGUAAAUGUAAAUGUAAUAUUUUCUUAGAAAAUAGUCCUGAUCAUAUAGGCCUAGGCCUAGACGUUAUCCAAAACAACUAACAAUACACUGAAUUCAUACAUUUUCAAAUUGUAAAGUCACAUCUUUCUACUCAAUACCACAACUCAUUUUACCAAUCUGGGAGGUAACCUCGAUAAAGUAUUCAAUAACUUCGCUGUGUAUUUCAGAUGGAAUCAAGGCAUUAGAAUGUACCAGAGGCCACCAAAAUAGAGCUUGUUCAGGGGGGGGCAUCUCCCGAGCCCGGAGAACCCUGUCUGGCUACAUUUUCUAUUUGUCUGGCUACUCCAUGUACAUAGGGAAAACACUGCUGUUAGCUAGUCACUUGAAAUAAAAGCGUCUUCAAAUUCCAUGUACAGUAAAUGCCAUGCAAAACAUUUCCAAUGAAACUGUAGAGGUACAGACUGUAAAAUGCAAGGUUGCCAAACUAAAAGGGCUUUGUACAAACAGUGCACUUACUCCACACCCUCCACCCUCUUAUCUCCUCUGUAGUUGAACACAUUCCAGGCGGUGGUGGCCUACGAUGAGAACGACUCCUAUGCCCUCUUCCUCUACCCCGAGGAUGGAUUGCAUUUCUUUGGGACGCGCCCUAAAGAGUCCUACAAUGUGGAGAUUGAGCUGCCGGCUAGAGUUGGCUUUAGCAGGGGAGAAGUGUCCUUUAUAUUUUCUCGGAUGGAGGGACCCUACUACAGCGUCACCAGCAAUGAGCAGAGCCUAAAGAACCUCUACCAGUAAGUACAGGACGUCCCUACUCCUUAUGGCAUAAGACCCAAACAUAGUGUUAGUUAUAUUGAAUUCCUUACCUGAGGUUAUAAAACUGGGAUCUGUUAUGAAAGGUUUUUAGUGUUCCAACUGUUCUGGCACUUAUUUUACAGAGAUGUUAUGUAAGGACUUUGUAGCAAGAUAGAUAGUACAUGCAGUUUCUUUCUCCUGAAAUGCAGAAAGAUGCUUCUUCUCCUCCUUUUCCUUUUCUCCCUUUCCUCAGGGUUGGCAAUACUGGCGUACCUGGUGUGUGGCUCUUCCACAUCGGCAACCGCUACUCCUUCGAGAAUGUUGUGCCCGCCGCUGUGGGUGGCGCCCUCGCCACGCCACCUCCUAGAGGCCAGGAGGGCGAUGACAGCACCACUGCAGAGUACCCAGAGGUAGAGUACCAUGAAACCUUUGAAGAAGAAGAACCCGACGAGGACUACCCACCCAUCGCCGACCCCGACUUCCAGUCCCCAACUAUCCCAGAGUUCCUCCAGCCCUCACACCCGGACCAUGGCGCCCUCCCGGAUCAAGCCCGCCUGCAGUCCUACGGAGGUGACCUUCCUUUAACCUCUGACCCCCAGUAUCGUGAACAUGACAACCAUGGCAAGCCACCUCCAGCAUCCAGUCCGUCCGGUCCAGGGGAGUACCCGGCCGAGUACCCAGCCCGGGAGCCCGAGCCCAGGAACCAGCCCCACGAGCCCCCUCUGGAGGACGUGCAACAGCAACAGCAUCAGCAGCUCCAGCCCCAGGCCCAAGCCCCCCAGGUGGUCCCUCGGCCGGAGCACACGGUCCUGGAGGUGUUCCCCAACAACAGGAGGGAGAGCAGCCCUCGUACGGAGAGCGGUCCCCCGCUGGCCCCCGGUGGCGGACAUUUUGUUAGCGUAGUAGAGGAGGAGGACGUGGACUUUGACACAGGAGGUGGGUUCAAGUCUGAUGUUUUCUCUUAAGCUAGCUAGUUCAGUCAGUGUUCUUCACUGUGGGGUCCUGAGAACCCACAGUGGAUUUGCAGGCUUUUAGUCCAACCCAGUACUAGUAACAUACCUGAUGCAGCUCAUAACCUCCUCUUGUAUCAUCCUGUAUCCUUGUAUACUCAUGUAUAUCACCUCUGUCUUUUUUAGCUUUUGUCUGCCUUUCACUCUGUCCAUCUGUAAACCAGCUUCCCACUCAAGGCUGGAUAGGACCUGUUCUCAUUCACCAUCAUUCCUUGGUUUCAUUGUUUAUAUCUCUGCUACACUCUUGACCUGUAAGCUGGUCACUUCCGUUUAUAAUUGAAACAGGCUUUCUUCACUCUGACAUCAUCCAAGGGCCAGUAUUUGUAUUUAUUAGGGAUCCCAAGGCAGCAGCUACUCUUCCUUGGGUAAAAACACAUCGAGGCACUUACAUCACAAAUAAAACACAAGAUAAAACUGUACAUCAUAUAACAUUAUAACACCACUACAUAUCUAUAAUAUAAAAAGUAUAAUACCACCAUACAACAAUAUUACAAAGUGCGUUUGUUUGUAGAGUGUGUGUGCGCUAGCGGGUGUGUGCGUAUGCUUGUGUCUGUUCCUGUGUGUGUGUAUCUCUUCACAUUCCCCGCUGUUCCAUAAUGUGUACCUUUAUCUGUUUUUUAAAUCUGAUUCUACUGCUUGCAUCAGUUACCUGAUGUGAAAUAUAUAGGGUGAACGCACCAAUUGGUGAGUCGCUCUGGAUAAGAGCGUCUGCUAAAUGACGUAAAUGUGCCCUUGAGCAAGGCACUUAACCCUAAUUGCUCCUGUAAGUCGCUCUGGAUAAGAGCGUCUGCUAAAUGACUAAAAUGUAAAUGUAAAUAGAGUUCCAUGUAGUCAUGGCUCUAUAUAGUACUGUGUGCCUCCCAUAGUCUGUUCUUGGGGAUUGUGAAGACACCUCUGGUGACAUGUCUUGUGGGGUAUGCAUGGUUGUCCGAGCUGUGUGCUAGUAGUUUAAACAGACACGUCGGUGCAUUCAGCAUGUCAACACUUCUUACAAAAACAAGUAGUGAUGAAGUCAAUCUCUCCUCCACUUUGAGCCAUCAGAGAUUUACAUGCAUAUUAUAAAUUUUAAAAAAAGACCCCUUUUUCUCCCCAAUUUGGUGAUAUCCAAUUGGUAGUUACAGUCUUGUCCCAUCGCUGCAACUCCCGUACGGACUCGGGAGAGGCGAAGGUUGAGAGCCAUGCGUCCUCCGAAACACGACCCUGCCAAGCCGCACUACUUCAUGACACACUGCUCGCUUAACCCGGAAACCAGCCGCACCAAUGUGUCGGAGGAAACACCAUACAACUGGCGACCGUGUCAGUGUGCAUGCACCCGGCCCGCCACAGGAGUCACUAGAGCGUGAUGGGACAACGACAUCCCGGCCGGCCAAACCCUCCCCUAACCCGGACGACGCUGGGCCAAUUGUGUGCCGCCUCAUGGGUCUCCCGGUCGCGGCCGGCUGCGACACAGCCAGGGAUGGAACCCGGAUCUGUAGUGACGCCUCAAGCACUGUGAUGCAGUGCCUUAGACCGCUGUGCCACUCAGGAGGCCCCUACAUGUAUCAUCAAAGGUAUUAUCUAAGUGAGUUUCAGAGAUAGUCAGAAUAUGAAUGCCAUCUGUUACUAGCAAGUUAUUGAUUUCAUGAACCUUGUUUCUUAGGCUACAUAUGUUAAUGUGGGCAAUUUGUAGCACUUUUCUGGGAUGCUUGAUUGUUUUUAUUGCUUUACUGCGAAGCUUAGCAGAAGUAGACAUGCUCAUGUUAUUUAUGUUUGAGCUGAUAGUUUCAGGGUGAGCUGCACACAGUGGACUUCCUACUAGGGCAGACCGCCUCAGUGCUAACAGUAUAACUCUGGUUCAUAGGCACAUGAUUACUGCAUACAAUACCUCCUAAUGUCGUUUGACCCCACAUGGACUAUGACAGCGUCAGCUCCCGGCAGCUGCCGUAGAACGGUCGGAAGCAGCGUUGUAAUGUCCUGUACUCGUGCUCCAGGAUAGCACAGAGUAUUUCCCCCGGGAACUAUGAUGUUUCUUAUCAUAGAACUGCCGAAGAAGACAGCUGGUGCAAUGGCAGAGGAAGUCCGGCCGUUCUUUCGCCUCUAGUGGUUUAGCAAACCCCUCGAGGACCAAAGGGCGGUGAGCCCGAUGGACCCGAGCCAGCUGUAGUAUCCAUCGUGGAUGAUGAAUGGGCUGGUGUCUCAGACAGCCUCACGGUCUGAUGAGGGUGGGAGCUCUGAGGAUCUGAACCCGAGGUAGAAGCCACCGGAGAGGGAGACAGAUGAGAGGACAAAGGCACCGGAGCCUCUGGAUCCAGGGCGGCGAAGCUGUUUCUAGUCUGUGUCUGGUCCGGGCUUAACAUCUAAAAAGAAGGCCCCCGUUGCUAGAGAACGGCGAGUGACUUAUUGCAAUGGAUGGUUAGCAGGAUCUAGAACAAGAACAUCCACCAAGUCAUCCAGGAGCAUCCUACCAACUCCAUUCUGUGUGUAAGUGUGUGUACUCGCUCAUGCGCAUACAUGCUGGCAAGUGUUCGUGUUCGUCUGUAUGAGUAUUUGUGAGUGUGUACUGUAUAAGAGUGUGUGUGCGUGCAUGUGUGUGUGUGUACCUUAGCCACAGACACUUAGCAAAUAAGCCUGGCGUACAGGCUCCGCCGAGCGAAGGGAGAUUCCCCACUCGGAUGAGGAAAUGCAGUAUCCAGAAACCCAGAGAGUCUUUCUCGCUCCUCGCUAGAUUGCCAAGAGUUGUUUUGCUAAAGCAGACAAGCAGAUGUAGAGCAUUAGCCUCUCAUCUGGCAAGAUGCUCUAGCGCUAAACCCUCCAUGUUUAAAUAAUUGAUUAGGAGCUUUUAGUGGGCCAGAGCAGAAGGGGAGUUUGGCCAGAGCAGAAGGGGAGUUUGGCCAGAGCAGAAGGGGAGUUUGGCCAGAGCAGAAGGGGAGUUUGGCAAGCUAGUUCAUUGUAAUUCUGGAUGACGAAUGACUUGAAGUUUGAGUUUCUCCACAAAGACGUACUGUAUGUGUCUGGCAUUUUAGUUGGUCUCCCAGCAGCUUACAUUGUAAAAACGUGCAAAAACAUUCCAACGUUCUGUGAGUUCGUAGUAAUGCAAUGAAUCGUCAAAUGAAAUAUCGUCAAAAGAGCUACAGUAAAAGUAUGUGUAGUAUCUCUCUCGCUCUCUCUUUCUCUAUGUCUCUCUCUCUCUCUCUCUGUGUGUCAAGAGGGAAAGAGUAAGGUGUGCUCUGACUUCUACUAAGCCUACUUUACGAGGAGAAGAUAAGCUAAUAGUGUUUUAGGGCUGUCGUUUUCUCUGCAAGGUUCUCAGCUCUGCCAUGGUCAGGUAUGUAGUGCUGCCGUAGCGCGGGGAAGCGGCGCUCCCUCUCUUUUUUUCAAUUUGAAUAUACAUGGAGCUGGUAAAAAUAUUUCUGGAAAAAUGACCACUUACAUUCCAUGAAAACGAUAGAAUGACAAACUAAAUAAAUAUGUAGUCUAUAGCAGCCUAUAGGUUGGUAUGAUGGUUUCCUCCCUGUCUUCUCUCUCUCUGGCAGUGGUGCGAAUGAUGAAUAACUGUAGAUGUGUGCAGAGGCCCGUCGGUCUGCGGCUUGACCACUUUGAGCGGGCCAAAUCCGACGUAACAACAGCCACAGCCAGAAAACUAAAAUGUCUGUCCUCAAAACAGUUGGUUAUGGACUUGGGGCUCAUGUACGAUGCACUUGAACUCGCCCUACUGUCCUAGUGCUUAGCUUACAGAAAUGUACCACCUCUAUUGUGUAUGAAGAGAAAACUGAUCCACCGCAUGAACCGUAUCAUCACACCAACGAGAUCUAGGAUCCAAAUUCACUGCCUGUCUGCCUUGAUGUUCAUAAAACUCCACAGACCUCCUCUUGCGUAGUGGAACCCAGAACGAUAUGUUGACCACUUGGUUACGGUUCUAUCCUUUCAGCACCACGAUUCGAAGGGCGCUCAAAUCGCUUAAAAUAACCCUCAUCAUCAAGAUCUGUUGCCAUGCCUAAUAGACCUACUCAUCACUUAUUAUUAUUACAAAUAAAAGAUGAUCACUUUUCACAAUGGUGCUCGUUUAGUAAAGUUAGAUCAAAGCUGAAUCAUUGUCUCGCAAGAUCACAUAAUGAUUCAUUAGUAUUUUACACAACAGAACCAAAUAUAAUAGCGUUUGCUGUAGCAUAGUAGGCUUAAACAAUGUUGCACCAAAAACACCUCCUCAGUCAUUUCUUAUCUGAAGCUGAAUAGUCAAAACAAAUUCCUAAUGCUGCCAAAACUCAACAGCGCCCACCACUAGGCAGGAUAUGCUUUGAUUGAAUCAAAAUUGGCCUACAAGAAAGGCUUAUAAUUUGUUAACACCAUCUGCUUUAAUUAGCUUACGAAACAGUAAUUUAGAAAGAUCUAAAUGCAUAUUCCCAUGAAACUGAUUGAGAAUAUUUCACCGGUAAAUCGUGAAGAAUUAUCAUUCACUAUUGACAGUGAUGAUGGCCUAUUUUGAAAUUGGGUAUGCCUAACUUAGUGUUUGAGGGUAUUAAACAUAUAACAUUUUGUUGAGAUAAUAUGUGAGCAUAGGCAGACGUUGCAAUUGGAGGAUGCAUUUUAUGUAUGGUCCUAUUGUACAAUGAUAUUCAAUAGGGUACAUCUGUCGGUACCAACUUUGAUUGGGAAAUGAUGACGUCAUUACAUUUUCCAUCACCUAAAAAACAUAGCACUACACCACUACACCACCCCCCUAGGGUUCCCCCCCAAUCACCUCCAGCGGAGUCAGCGUAUUUUGACAGAUUCAAGUUCUGACUGUUUUCUCUUCUCUUCUUCCCGUCUUUCUUUCUCGUCCUCCCUCUCUGUGUCUCUAUCUUUAUUUCUGUCUUUGUGAAUUAUCUACUACCCUCUCUCUCCUCCCCUCCCCUCUCUCACUCCCCCUCUUUUUCUUUCAAUUGAAUUCAAUUAGCUUUAUUGGCAUAAUAAGAAAACAUCUUACAUUGCCAAAUCAAACAUAGAGGAACAUAUUAGAUCAAUGAUUAUUAGGAAAUAAUCUCUCUCUCUCUGUGUGUGUCUUGCUCUCUCUCUCUCUGUCUCUCUCCCGCUCCUGCAGUGAUCCAGUACAGCACAGAGACCAAGGAGACGUGUGCCCGCUUCCAACAACAGUGUUCUCAGAACGCCUACUGCACCGACUACUCUUCCGGCUUCUGCUGCCUCUGCCGCUCUGGUUUCUACGGCAACGGUCGUCACUGUCUACCUGACGGUGAGUCCUGGGGAGGACGGUAUAGGUCGUGACACAGGCUCCGAGGGUCACCGCCAGGGUCAUAAUAUAGCAUAAUGUCACACAUUUAUAUUUAUGUAUUUGAACCAGUGUGGUUUUGUCAGUCAUACAACAUCUGUGAACAAUAUUUGGGGUUAUUGGUGAGAAAAUUGUAAUUUGGCUUUCCGUACCUGUAUUCCUAUUUCCACAGUUCACAUUGCCUUAGUGGAAAGGUAUGUGUGAUAUGUAUGUACUUAGUGCUGCCUAGAGGGAAAAGAAACACACACACUCCAACUCUUUCCAUCUCCGAAAUACACACACACACCAAUUCUCUCUAUUUUACACACACCCAAACUCUCACACACUCAUCAAAACCUGGUCUCCACCUCCCCCUCUCCAACCCCCCCGGCUCUCUCUCACAUGACAGCAUCAUCUUGUUUCUAGGCCCUGCAGCCAUUUCCUGCCAGAUCAACACCUCUGACGCAGUGGUGGGCUCCUCAAACAAUCCUCCUAUUGGUCCCAGGGCCAUGCCAAGCUCCUCUAGCCCCUCGCUAGCUGGCUAAUUACCUGGAAGUGGCUUGACAGACAUUCCUAUUUGGAGAGCAGCGUAAACGCUCUCUCUCACACAUGCACACACACACACACACACACACACACACACACACACCCACCCUCUGCACUCUCAACCGCCUCCCUUUAUUAGUCUGGCUGCAUGUUAUUAAUCAAGGGGGGUAAGUGUGAGUGUGUGUGUGUCGAAGGGCAUGUAAAGUAAUGGGGGUGGUAUUUAAAUGUUAGCUUUAUAACAGUAUGAAAAUGUAUGCACUCACUAACUAUAAGUCGCUCUGGAUAAGAGUGUCUGCUAAAUUACUAAAAUGUAAAAAUAACCGGAUGUUUUGGCAGCCAGUCAAUGCUUUGACAAAUAGAGUCAGUUGACUACUUGAAAGAGUUGGAGGGGAUGAUGUCACCCUGACUGACUUUCCACUGGGUUGGUUCAUCCUCAGGAAUGAGGUGUUUUGUCAGAGGCUGAAGUGUCACAACAAACGUGAACACAUUGUUCCAGGUAGAAGUGUCAAGGCGAACGUGUGUAUAUUGUUCCAGGGCUGGAGUGUCAAGACUUGUCAAGCGUGGUACUUGUGAAGCCUUUGUGUGAUUUGAGAGACAGUGUGAGACACUGACAGACAUGCAUGUGCUUUGAUGGAACAGGAACACAAACACACAGGGUGCUUUGUAGGGACCUAGUGUGAGUAAAUAGAGGAAAAGAACCAAUUGAGACUGUCAACACAGUGUCACAUAAAGGCAUGUUAUACAACAAAGUGGGGACCUGAGCCGUAUUUUCACAGUGAGAUAAUUACUACAAUAAUUCCAUAUAAAUUCAGUCAAUUACCAAAAUAGGUAAGAAUAAAUGGCACUUCUCAAUUCUUGAAUUUGAAUUUGAAUUGACGGAAUUGAAAUGGAAUUGACGCCAAUGCUGAAACCUAUACGCCCAGUCUAUGUCCCCAAAAUACCCCCAUGUCCCUUCCUGCUACCUCUGUAGCUGUGUGUUUGUUCCUCAAGUCAUACACUUCAAAGACCUGUUUUUAAGCUAAAAAUACAGGAAGGAUUAUAAUAUUCCAUUGGCAUCUGUUUUGUCACUUUGUAUGUCUAUGGAGUUGAAUUUGGUGCAGAUGUGUGCUAUUUGUGGUAUUGGUGUUCUCUACAUGUUUUGUGUUAGAUACACAGACAUUGAUUGGUUGACAGGCGAUGUGUGGGGAAAGUGUUUCUGGUAUCCCAUUCUGAAAAAUGUGAGCAGCAUGAAUGUUUGCGGAGACUGCAUUCUCAGUUUUUUUCGCCGGAUUAAGCAUAAAUGAGCUUUUAGAAUGUAUGCCCAAUACAUUGAUUCAUUCUGAGUAGUAUCCCCCCUUCUAUUUUCUCAGGUGCUCCCCAUCGCGUCAACGGCAAGGUGAGCGGGACAGUGAUAGUAGGUUCCACCCCCGUGGACCUCAACAGCGUGGACCUGCAUGCCUACAUCGUAGUGGGUGACGGGCGGGCAUACACAGCCAUCAGCGAGGUGCCCGAGCCCGUAGGAUGGGCACUAAUGCCCGUGGCGCCCAUCGGAGAGCUCUUCGGCUGGCUCUUUGCCCUGGAGCUGCCCAACAGCCAGGCUGGCUUCAAGAUCACAGGUGAGCUGAAUCACGAUGUUACCGGCGCUUAGUGAAGUUGUCACCACGUUAACAAAACACCCUUUUACAACCCGUGUUCAGCCUAAACAUGACGUCAUUGCAUCCAAUUUUCAGAGUCCUAGUACCUCACUCAAUAGUCUCCCUCAGAGUUAGUGUGGCGGUGCUAUAAACGUGUUUUAAUCUCUACAUAAAACUUGUUCUCCAUGAUGUCACCACUGCAUCUAUUGCUCUGUGUGUGUGUGUGUGCGUGUGCUUAGGUAUGUGUGUGUGUCUGUGGUGUGUGUGUGUGUGCGUGCGUGCUUCGUUUGUGUGUGUCUGUGGUGUGUAUGUGUGCGGGCAUGCAUCUGUGUGGGCGUGCGUGUGUGUUUCUGUGUGUGUGUGAACGAGGCUGUUAGCAGAUGCCCCCAUGUUGGCAGACUUCAGGUCGCUCUGUGUGUUUGUGUAAUGUGAGUUUACAGUCAUACAGCUGUGUUGUCUCCAGAGGGGUGACAUGCCUACUCCACCCCUCUCAGGCUAAUUUGAGUCAGGUGUUCCGUUGUUGUGUGUUUAGACUCGUUUUAUUAGCUAAGAGGCUUGUGGAUUCAACCUGUCAGAAUGAUAGUAUGCUCAGAUUCCCUGUCUGUUGAACAGUUUAUCAUCUGGCAAAUCUGAUAGGAGUGACCUACUAUUGCAGGCAUUAAUGUUAUUAUGGAGAAUUGAGAGACUGGGUGUAGUAGUGAGAUUCUGCUGGGUCCCAGCCCAUUCGAGUGUGGAAGGGAAUUAAAUUGUAGACCAGAUAGCCAAAAGAGCUAUACAACGAGAUAUAAUUGAGGUUAAUGUUCCACUGGUUAGAGGUGAGGCCAAAUGUAAGGUCCUUUUUGAUAGAUGUGUGGUAGAGGAGAUGGGACUCUGAGCCCAAGGGCCGGAAUUUACACUACCGGUCAAAAGUUUUAGAACACCUACUCAUUCAAGGGUUUUUCUUUAUCUUUACUAUUUUCUACAUUGUAGAAUAAUAGUGAAGACAUCAAAACUAUGAAAUAACACAUAUGGAAUCAUGUAGUAACCAAAAAAGUGUUAAACAAAUCAAAAUAUAUUUUAUAUUUGAGAUUCUUGAAAUAGCCACUCUUUGCCUUGAUGACAGCUUUGCACACUCUUGAGGAGGGACACAUGGAAUGUGGGAUGCACCCGCAUGGUGGGGGGAAGUUGCAGGCGGUAGGCCACUUGGUGGACCACUCUGAAUGGCCCGACGAACCGGGAGGACAGCUUCCUGGACUCCACGCGGAGGGGAAGAUCCCGCGUGGAGAGCCACACCCUCUGUCCCAGGCAAAAAAACAGGGCCGGGCGACGCCUGCGGUUGGCCUGAUAUUGAGACCUGACCGAGAUCCGCUUAAGCGCCGCCCGUACCUGCCUCCAGGUGCUGCGACAGCGACUGAUGUGGGCCUGGACCGACGGGACCGCCGCCUCCUCCUCUUGCUCGGGGAAUAUGGGGGACAGGCCGGUGGAUGAGCAGAGAAGGGUGUUGUGGGCGUACUCUGCCCAUGCCACCAGGUCCACGGUGUCGAACUGCCGGGAGAGCGCGUCAGGCUUGGUGUUCUUUGACCCCGGACAGUAUGAGAUGGUGAACCAGAACCUGUUGAAGAACAACGCCCACCUGGCCUGGCGUGAGUUGAGCCUCUUGGCCCCCUGAAUGUAGGCUAAGUUCUUAUGGUCCGUCCAUACGAUGAAUGGAUGGGCGGCCCCCUCUAGCCAAUGCCUCCACUCCCCCAGGGCGAGCUUGACCGCUAGCAACUCACGGUUCCCCAUGUCGUAAUUCCGCUGUGCCGUGGACAGCCUACGGGAGAAAAACGCGCGGGGGUGAGUCUUACCAUCCGUGAGGAACCGCUGGGACAGGAUUGUUCCCACCGCAACGUCUGAAGCAUCCACCUCCACAAUGAACGGCAGGGAAGGAUCAGGAUGCCCUAGGACCGGGGCCGAUGUAAAGUGCCGCUUCAGCGCAUCAAAUGCGUUCCCCGCUUCCGGGUUCCAAGCGAAGGAGCGCACGCUCGUCUGGGUGAGGGCUGUCAGGGGAGCGGCUAGGGAGCUAAAAUUGCGAAUAAAUCGGCUAUAAAAAUUUGCUCUAUGAAGGUCGAAUAGCAAAGACCUUACUCAAUAGUUAUAGUUGUAAAAUAAACAUAUCAGGUUCAAACCACCCAAGGUUUAAUCUCAUUGCCAUGCAUUCAACACUACGUAUGAUGAAAGUAAACAAAUAUGAAGGGAUGACGUCUCUUCCUGUCGCUUAUAUAGAGAUAUCACUUCCUUAUGAUGUCCCUUCCUGUCCCACAGGUGCAGAGUUCACACGCCACGCCGAGGUUACCUUUUACCCCGGCAACCAGCGGCUGAGCAUUGUCCAGACGGCCCAAGGAUUGGACAGCGAGAACCACCUCAGUGUUGACACACGUCUCUACGGUGACGUGCCCUUCAUUGCCCCCGGCGCCACCGUGCAGGUGGAGCCCUACAAGGAGACCUAUCAGUACUACCCUUCA